AUGAUUUUCAGGAAAUUAGCUUUAAAAUGGCAUCCGGACAAGAAUCCAGACCGAAUAGAAGAAUGUACGAAAUAUUUUGCGUUAUUGCAAUCUGCUUAUGAGUGCUCAGUGAUCCUCACGAAAAAGCGUUUUAUGAUAGGCAUAGAGAAAGCAUUCUUAGAGGAGGUAAGUUAUUUUUUGAUUCUCACUUUUCUCGAUUUGUUAUUAAACCAUUACUUCCUUGAAUUGUUCACAAACCAGAAAUCUAAUGUACCAGCUAUCUUUCUAGGUUUCGGCACUGAUUAUAAACAGGACUCUUUGGAUCUCUUCCAGUUUUUCAGUACUAGUUGUUAUAAAGGGUUCGAUGGAGAAAAGGGUUUCUACUCGGUGUACAAGAAUGUUUUUGAUACAUUAGCUCGUGAAGAUUACGAUUUUAUCGAGGAUCCAACUGUACAUUAUCCAUCUUUUGGCGACGCUUCCUCUGACUACGAUAAGGUGACGGGUCCAUUUUACGGUUUCUGGAGCUCUUUUUGCACAGCUCGAUCUUUCGCUUGGCUGGAUAAGUAUGAUGUGCGACAAGCAAGUAACAGAUAUGAAUUACGACAAAUUGAAGCAGAGAAUAAGAAAUACCGAGAAGCUGGAAAAGCGGAGCGAAAUGAGCAAGUUAGAGAGUUGGUCGCUUUUGUUAGGAAACGUGAUCCUCGCGUCAAGGCGUAUAGGGAACUCCUAGAACAACGUCAAGAGGAGGCCAAAAGGAAACAGGAAGAGAAUCGCAAGCAGCAGAUUCUGCGAAACCAGCAGCUCCUGUCGGCUUUUCACGAGAACGAACACGCUGUGGCAGCUCAUCGGGCACAUAUGGAGGAGCUCUCUCAACAACUAGCCGAUGAUGAGACAUGUAGUGAAGUAGAAGACGAAGAUGGAGAAGCACUACCGUAUUGCGUCGUCUGCGAUAAAUCCUUCAAGACUUUGAAUGCAAAAAUCAACCACGAGAACUCAAAACAACAUCGGAAACAGCUUGCCGAGCUAAAGAAGCACAUGAAGGAAGAAGAUCAUGUACUUUUCGAAGAGCAGGAAGCCGCAGCUGCUGCGGCGUCUCCGCAAAAAGCUGAGGAUAGAAAAGGCAAGAAGGCAAAACGGCGAGCUAAGAAGAAAAUGGUUUGGAACGAGGACAGCGAUGCGGAGGCAGGUGAUGUUGAAGGAAGUCCUAAAGAAGACGAGGCUAAAACGUAA